UAUACCACAUUUAUGUUAUAAUAGUAGUAUUUGAAUAUUUCUUUGAGUAGUGUUAGGGUUAAAAUUUGUAUGCUGUGAUAAACAAUGGCAACUCUAUCGACUGAACUCAAAUGUUAUUGACGAAAGUGGCAAGCAAACACAAAAGACGCGAACUGCCAACUAAAGCAGAAUAACCAAUAAAACUUAAUACAAACGUCAAAUGCGGUAAGGAAUUAAAAGAAUGCUGCGUAUUUUUCAGUCUAACGUGGUUUUCAAUUAAAAGUAAAAAAGUUGGGGUAAUUAAAAGUUAGAAACGCAUUAAAGUCGUUAAGUGCAUACAAAAUGCGCAAAAGUGAUGUGUUAUAAAACGAACCCAGCAAAAAUUGUGAUUUGUUAUUAGUCUCCAUCGACAAAUUGUAUUGCUCUGUGUAUUGAACAGUUACGGGAUAUCGGGCUUAGGUGGGUCUGAUAUAUCCAAAAAGCGGCUUCAAAGUGUUGAGCAUUAUAUUCCCAUCGACAAACACUUUUGGACGCAGCUAUAUUUUUACAUAGUGCAGAAGUUUUAUAAGCAACUCAAAUUUGGAAGUUCAGCCUGCUAAUUAGGAAAAGUCGGCCUAAAGUCGGUCAGGGUCAUCUAUAAUCGACCUUUUGACAGACUGUUAUUGAUAUUUGCAGUAUAUCAAAAGGAGUAAGCUGUUCCCGAAUUUUUUUAUAUAAAUGGAUAGUGUUCGCAACUAUGGACGUCUUUCUACCUCAAUGGUUAGCAGCAGGAAAACGUCGAUGUCUGAUAAUCCACAAAUGUUACCGAUUCUGCAACAGUUGACAAAUGGCUCUUUUGGUAUUAUAGUGCCUGACAAACAUUGUCCACUCUGUUUUCAAGCUAAACGGCAUCAAGAGAGAAUAGAGGGCAUUAAAUGCAAAGCGGUGGCAUGGCGCAUACGAGAACGUAUGAAAACCGCUAGUGUGGUGUUGGUGCUCUGCCUUAACAUAGGCGUUGAUCCACCGGACGUUGUUAAAAUACAGCCAUGUGCACGCUUGGAGUGUUGGGUUGACCCGUCUUCUGUAUCGGCACCAAAAGCUAUGGAACUGAUAGGUAAUAAUCUCCAAAUGCAAUAUGAACGAUGGCAGCCUCGUGCGCGUUAUAAGAAAUGUCAUGAUCCAACAUCAGAAGAUGUGAAAAAGUUGUGCACUUCAUUGCGCCGCAAUGCGAAAGGUGAGCGCAUACUAUUCCAUUACAAUGGACAUGGCGUGCCAAAGCCCACGGCAAAUGGAGAAAUUUGGGUUUUCAAUAAGACGUUCACACAAUACAUACCUUUAAGUAUAUUUGAGUUGCAAAGCUGGAUGGGUGCACCAUCAAUUUACGUAUAUGAUUGCUCAAACGCCGGCAUUAUAAUAAAUUCGUUCCAGCAGUUUGCAGAACAACAUGAAAGAGACUUAGAGAGAUCUAGUCAACGCAUUGGAUCUGGGCAGGCUGCUUCUCUGCUAACGCCAUUUGUAAGCUAUAAAAACUGCAUACAUUUAGCCGCCUGUUCGGUCAAUGAGAUAUUGCCGAUGAAUGCCAACCUUCCUGCAGAUCUCUUUACUUCCUGCCUAACGACACCCAUCAAUAUCGCAUUAAAAUGGUAUACAAUGCAGGAGAAAUUCGAAUUAGUACCCUUAAUUCAAAGUGAGCAAGUCGAUAAAAUACCUGGAAAAGUAAAUGAUCGACGGACAAUGAUGGGCGAGUUGAAUUGGAUAUUCACCGCAAUAACCGACACCAUUGCAUGGAACACUUUACCGCGCGAACUAUUCCAGCGUUUAUUUCGUCAAGAUUUGCUGGUUGCCAGUCUAUUUCGCAACUUUUUGCUUGCUGAAAGAAUUUUACGUUCCCAUGAUUGCACACCUGUUUCGCAUCCAACAUUACCUCCCUGCUUUCGGCAUCACAUGUGGUCUGCUUGGGAUUUAGUUGUCGAUUACGCUUUACAGCAAUUGCCUGAAAUACUGGAGAAAGGUGCACCAUAUCGUCAAUUACCAUUUUUCGAACAACAACUAACGGCUUUCCAAGUUUGGCUCGAUCGUGAAUCCGAAUCAAGAUCUCCACCAGAGCAGUUACCCAUAGUUUUACAAGUUCUGCUGUCACAAGUGCACCGACUACGUGCACUAGAACUACUAGCGCGCUUCCUCGAUCUGGGUCCUUGGGCGGUGAAUUUAGCUCUGGGUGUGGGUAUCUUCCCUUACGUACUUAAACUACUACAAAGUUCCGCGAAAGAGUUGCGUCCAGUGCUGGUAUUUAUAUGGGCCAAAAUACUUGCAGUCGACCCAAAUUGUCAGGUGGAUUUAGUCAAGGAGCAUAAAUACUUUCUAUCAGUACUACAAGAUACAUCUGUCUCCAAGGAACAUCGCACGCUCUCCGCAUUUGUGUUGGCUUGCAUAGUAAAUGACUUCCUGCUGGGUAAAACGAGUGCUUUGCAGGGUUCAUUGGUGUCGAUUUGUUUGGAGCAACUGAAUGACGAAAGCUGGUUACUACGUCAAUGGCUUGCCAUAUGCUUAGGAAUGCUUUGGCAGAAUUUCGAGAAAGCCCGAUGGUCUGGUGUGCGCGAUUUGGCUCACGAAAAACUGUAUCCCCUACUUAAGGAUCCCAUACCGGAAGUACGUGCAGCUGCUGUCUUUGCGCUGGGCACCUUCAUUAGUUCAGUCACGGAUCGAGAGGAGCACGCAAAUAAUAUUGAUCGCAUAAUCGCCAUCACUCUCCUGGAUACAGUGGGUGAAGAUAUGUCACCAUUAGUGCGUUUAGAGUUGGCGGCAGCGCUACAAUGGAUGGUGCUGUUAUUUGAGUCGCAGUUCGUCACCGUUUACAUGCAAGAGCAAAUGAGUAGUUCGAAUCCCGCUUUGGCACUAACCACAUCCGUGAGCGGUAGUGAGCGCAGCGCCAGCAUAAGUCAUGGCAUGACAAGUACAAACAGCCCAUCGAUUGUACACCACUCGACGCACAGUUUGGAACGCCAUGUGUCUAUGCGCCGAGGCGCUAGCUCCAGUUCCAUAUCAAACAUGGUCUCCAGUGCCAUACCAUUUCAAUCGAUAUUUUUGCGUCUGUGGCAAGGUAUUUACAAUCUAGGUCAUGAUCCCUUUCCCGAGGUAGCGGAAACGGCGCAGAAAAUCAUUGCUUACGUUCGUGACAAGUCGGUUGAUUUGAUUACCGCCAAAGAAGCUACAAGUGACAAGUGCAAUUCAAGUGUCAGUUUGCCACCGAGUCCGUCAACUCGUGGCAAUUUUUUGAGUGGAGAGUCACCGCCAGUAUGCGGCGGCGGUGUACAAGUGGGACACCCAAAUAUCAGUAACUGGGCAAACAAGUUCCGCAAUUCAAAGUUGCUACCUGCCAAUGUGAUGAACAGUGGCGGACGCAAGAUGCGGACGACCUCGAUGGGCGAUGAAACGGACAGUUGCGCUCAACUAAAUGGUAGUCGCAGUACGGGCAUGCUAGGCGUAGGCAAUGCCGUCGGUGGAGUUGCCGGUUUAAGUAUCAAUGCAGUAAGCGGCAGUGGUAGCGGCGAGGGUUCACGUUCAGCACAUAGCAGCACGAGCGAAAACAAUUACGAGCCGAAAUUUGUGCUGAAGCCAAUUCUGCAAACUGAGUUCAUAUCAUGGGCCAAUUCGUACUUCAUGCGACCUGGAAAGAAUCGCUAUGCCUCCGCCGAAGGUACAGAAGGACAGCAGGUGUUCCCUGCCGACACGAAUUCGCCCGAGUUACGCUCUCGCCACUUUCGCUUUCAUCGUAACGAGCUUAUACGUCGGCAAGCGAAAGAGCAACACAUACGCGGAAGCCGCAUUGAUACGCAAAUAUGCAUGCUGAAGACCCAGCACACGCCUGCCAUUGUUAAAUUACUGCCAUACGAGCCGCAACUAGCUGUAGCCUACAAAGAAAAGGUGCUUGUUUAUGAUUGGGCUAGAAAUUCGGUGCGGUCCUAUAUACCACAGGCGGGCAGCAGUGCGGCGACGCGUAACCAUGUGGGUGAAUCCGGUGGAGCGUCCUCCUCGCCAUCAGCACACUUGCAACAUCAUCAGCAACAAUAUUUACAACAACAACAGCAAAGCUUAACAUCUCGCGUUAGUGCCAUUGAAUUCUUGAAUGCCCAGGACAUCAGUUUGAUACUGGUCGGUCACGAGGACGGUGUGGUGCGAGUUUGGCAACCCGGCACAGACGAUCAUCCAGAGUCGCAGCUAAUCACUGCCUUCGAGGGCAUACCUGCAAUGAACGCCGCCUACACUAGUUCCUAUGGUAGUGGCGGCAGCGGCAGUGGCAGUGGGUCUGGUUCAUCCUCCCUCAAGCAUCGUCGUGAUAUGAUGCGCACGGGCAUAGUCACUGCUUGGCAGCAAUGUCGACAGCACUUGGUGGUGGGUGGUGGAAUAUCGCGCUACCUACGUAUUUGGGACGUUGAACGUGAGCUGAAGCACUGUGACAUACCGAUUGGCAGCGAGACGAGUGUACAAGUACUGGCACCAUUCUCAUACAAUCUAAACAGCAGCAUUGUGGUGGCGGGUUGUGCUGAUGGGAGUGUGCGCCUGUUCGAUAAACGUCAGUCGCCUCAAGAGUCGCGGAUUUGCGUCUUUCGCGAGCACACCGGUGCCAUAUUAUCUGCUUGCAUGAAGGAGAAUCAACCAUUGUUAGUCACCGGCUGUUCACAAGGCCGAAUGCGCGUCUUUGAUUUGCGGCAAGCAGCUGCAGUGCAGAGCUGGGAGGCGAACGUUGAUGUAGCCGUGAUUGCUAGUCAUCCGUCAGCAGAUCUCUUGGCGUGCGGCAGUGCCCAAGGCAUUGCGCUACAUCAGGAGAACGGGCGAGCGCUUAACACAUUGCGCGGCAAUGAGGGCUUUAUGGGCACGAAAAUAGGCUAUCCGACCUGUUUGUCGUUCCACUCGCACAAGGCUGCGCUGGCUGUGGGUUGUGUCGACAACACAGUCGUCGUUUACGAACCUGCUGCAGUUUUAUAAACUUUGCAACAAAUGGAAAAUCGAUGUUGAUAAAAAUCCAAAGACAUUUGACAAUUCAGAGCGUUUCCUGCACGAACCCGAAAUA